AUGCCUCUCGCCCGCUCAUCCGAUCCCUUAGUCUGGAUCGACUGUGAAAUGACCGGCCUCGACGUCGAAAACGACCAAGUUCUCCAAAUCUGCUGCUUUAUCACAGACUCAAAGCUUCGACUUCUCGAGCCCAACGGAUUUGAGACCGUCAUCCACCACCCAGACUCCACCCUCAACGCCAUGAACCCGUGGUGCAUUGACACGCACGGUCGCACGGGCCUCACGGCCGCUGUCCGGGCCUCGAGCACUAGCCCAGAAGCUGCCGCUAAGUCGCUACUUGCCUACAUCCAGCGCUAUGUGCCCACUCCACGCACUGCCUUGUUGGCAGGAAACAGCGUACAUGCCGAUAAAGCAUUUUUGGUGCGUGGCCCUUACGCGCCCGUUAUGGAGCAUUUGCAUUACCGCAUCUUGGAUGUGAGUACGAUCAAAGAGGCGGCGAGAAGGUGGGGCAGUGAUGAGUUGUUAGCUUCUGUUCCACCCAAGCGAGAGGUUCAUUUGGCGAGAGAUGAUAUUCUGGAGAGUAUUGCGGAAAUGCGCUAUUAUCAGGAGAAGCUGUUUAGUUAA